UUGGCCACCAUCAGCUGCGUCAUGAAUCAUAUUCUACAGACAUGUUUUGAAAGUCCACAUCCACUCCACCUCAGAGUCUCACUAAGGUGUGACACCUUUUUUCUAACUCAUUACAACAGAUCAAAACAAAACAGUGACAUUUUUCUAGUGUGACUGCUGAUGAAACAAAAAAAAAAUGGUUAGAGCUUUUACUCUAAAUUCAGUUUAUUUUUUAGACUUCUUUGCAAAGUCUAAAGUCUAGUUUCGGAAAAUCUGAUGUGCUCUUGCACCUAUUUGUGGGCCUGCUAUAAAUAGGCCCCUGCUGGCAACACAUGCAUGUCUAUGAUAGGCAGUUACAGAGAUUGUCUUCACAGACUCUGGCUCCAAAGCAACACUGACAACAUCUCAAUGGGGUUUUUACAUGGAUAACACUAUUAAAUUUGAGCCUUGAACUUUGACAAGCUGUGGACGUGAACACAGAGCAGUUUUUUUGAUACUGUGGGUGGUACAUUCAUCUUGGAUCUUACAUUUUUUUGUCAAUUGCUUCAGUGGACAAUGACUUCCAGAAGGCCAAUGACUCGCUCUUUUUCUGGCAAUGGGAGAACAAGCAGCUUCAGUGAAGACGAGGGAGGCUCUUCCAAUGGCCGAUCAGAAAGCCGCAAUACUUACCUCUCGAAUGUUAGGCCUGAAAACAGGAGCACGCUGUGCAGUGUCAUGGCUCAGCUGACCGAGGACAUACAGCCGUCCUUUGAGACCACCUUGAAAUCAAAGGCAGUGUCAGAAAACUGUAACGUGAAGUUCACCUGUGUGGUGUCAGGUUACCCAGCUCCAGAACUGAAAUGGUAUAAAGAUGAUAUGGAAAUGGACCGGUACUGUGGACUCCCAAAAUAUGAAAUUCGUCGUAACGGAAAAACCCACACCCUCCAUAUUUACAACUGCACGUUGGAUGAUGCAGCCAUCUAUCAAGUUUCAGCCAGCAACAGCAAAGGCAUUGUCUCCUGCUCGGGAGUUUUGGAGGUCGGCACCAUGAAUGAGUUCAAGAUCCACCAGCGGUUCUUUGCCAAGCUGAAGCAGAAAGCAGAGAAGAAGAAGAAAGAUUUAGAGGACCAGACCAAGACAGAGGAUAAAGAAAAUGUUCAGAAAGAGAAAUCACAGAAUAGCCCUGAACCUCCACCAAGGAAGCGGCCUGUCCCAUCACUGAAGGAGAGGCCGGCGGUCAAGGAGCCUGAGGCUGGGGAACAAGUGGGAGCUGCUGCCCCAGCCCCUGUCACAUCUAUGGAUGGUGACCUGGAAAAGGAGAUGCCUGUGGAAACCUUAGCUAAAAAGAAAAUGAAGAUCUCAAAUGGUGUAGAUGUUGGGGUUAACAGCGGCAGCAGCGGCAGCAGUGGCAGAAGCCAUAUGAUGGGGAAUGGAGGUGAAAACUGUUACGAUGGAGGAAUCAGUUUGGCACAGUUUCUGGCAGAGACUCUCCAGUCUCAGGCUGCUGAAGAGAAACAGAACUCACCACGAGUGGAGAAACAUAAAGAGAUGAGUAUAGCAAUUGUAAAUGAAAGCACAGAAAAAGAGAGGAUGCAAAAAGAUAGGGAAGAACACGAAAAGACACUACAGGAAGAGUAUGAGAGAGAGAAAAGGAGAGAAGAGGACUUUGAAAGGGACAAAGAAAGAGAAAGGUCAUUGGAGAUGUUGCAUACAGCAGCCCAUAGUAAACAUGGGUCAGAGGUCAAACAUCACAGCAAAGCUCAUAAAGAUCACGACCACCACAACAUCCAGGCUUCCAUCUCCUCUAUGCUCCAUACGGUCAAAGACUUCCUCUUUGGUAAGAGUAAGAAGGACUCUCAUGAUCACAUUGAGAGCAAGGAGACAGAGUUUGACCAAGACUCGAUUCAGCCUCCUCAGCCUGAAACGCCACCAUCAUUUCGGCUGCAACCGGCGAGGAACAUAAGCAUGAAGAUGGUGUUCUACACCUGCCUACCAGCUCAUAAAUUGCCACCUGAGAGCGCAGAGGAGUCCACGGGGCAGUGUGUCAAGGAGGCUGAAGAUGAUGUGGAGGCCAUGGAGGUGUCUGUGGGUAAAGAAAUGCCAUUGUCUGGGCUCCAGGGUUUCACUGAGAAAGGUAUGCAGAAUGAUUAUAACCUCUCUCCUACAGUGAAAGCAAAGGAAAUUGCACAAUUAGAUGACGAGGCAAAAAUGUUUGAGCAGGAGCAGCCAUGCGUGAAAAGCAGUGAACAGCUCCCUCAGAUGGACUAUGCGUCAAUUCCUGUUAUAAAUAUUUCAUGCACUGAUGACAGUGAUGCAUUUGUAAAUGCCCAUGAUUCAGAUACACCUCAGCCUCUUGAAACUCCAACAGUGCCUUUGUUUGUUGUGCCACCGAUCUCUGUCACUUGUCAUGAAAGUGAUCCUGAACCCAGACAGCUCACUCACAAUGGGAGGACAGAAACAGAAACUUCAGCUGCCACACAAAGGGGAACAAAGCAUGAUGCUGAUAAUAAUAUGACCACCAAGUCUGAAAAAAGUCACAGUGGAAAACAGAACUUUGAAGAAGUGGCUGAAAAGAGUAUAAAAGAGAACACCCACUCUUUGCUAUAUGAAGCUUUAAUGCCAAAGAUUGGCAACAAUGGGCCAUCAUUCAAUAAAACAACAGAUAACAACAUAGUUCCUGAAAUCUUGAAGGUAAAACCUCUUAAAGAGGCCAAGAUAGAGAAUUCUAUGUCUGUGGAGGACCCUCAAAGAAACAGAGUUUCUGUCGAUAGACUCAGCUCUAAACCCCCAGCACAUCCUUCUCUGAGUCCAGCCAGUCUUCGCAAAUUCAUGACCAAAGUUGCUCCAGACUCAGACAAUGAGGCAGUGACAGCUGUCCCUGUUAUCACUGUGGGUGAUCGUCAGGGUGACAAGGCAGACGAAGAUCUCAGCGGAGGCUCAACGCCAACGUCAUCCCUCUCCUGUGAAAGCAGCCCCCGGCUCAAACGCAGAGACAGCCUGACGCUCAUACGCUCCGCCACUCCUGAGGAGUUGGCUUCCGGAGCUCGUCGUAAAAUCUUCAUCCCGAAAGCUAAGGAAGAUGGAGAGGGAGCAGUGGUCGGUGCGCUGGACAAUCAAGGCAAGAAGGAGACUCCCUACAUGUCACCCAGCCAGGCUCGCAGGGCAGCAUUACUGCAGGCUCCCACGGGACAAAACACCCCACCGAUGGAGAGGCGCUCUCCGCUGCUGAGCCGUAGGAAGGCCACCUUGGAGGUGCCAAAAGUGGUGGAGGAGACUCCGAAAGAAGAGCCAGUCACCAAGAAAGAGGAGAAACCAGCUGAGAAGAAGCCAGACCCUUUGAAAGCCCCUCAAGUCAUCCGUAAGAUCAGGGGAGAGCCAUUCCCAGAUGCCUCCGGACACCUGAAGCUGUGGUGCCAGUUCUUCAACGUGCUCAGUGACUCCACCAUAAAGUGGUACAGAGAUGAGGAGGAAAUAUUACAGGUUAAGAGAAGUGGAGGAGAUGAGAGCCAAGUAGCAUUGGCUAUUGUGCUGGCAUCCAGUGAGGACUGUGGCGUAUAUGGCUGUACAAUCAGUAAUGAAUAUGGGACUGACACCACUGACUUCCUGCUCAGCGUAGACAUUCUCUCUGAGAUACUACUAAGAGAUGAUUUUGAAGUUGGAGAGGAGAUCGAGAUGACCCCGUUGCUGUUCACCAAAGGCCUGGCCGACUCCGGGAGCUGGGGCAGCAAGUACUUCGGGCGCAUCAUGGCCGAGACGGUGCACAUCGGGGAGGGCUGCGCGCACAAAGCCAGCAGGAUGAAGGUCAUUUACGGCCUGGAUCCUGUCUUCGAUUCUGGAAGCAACUGCAUCAUCAAAGUUCAAAACCCCAUCGCUUACGGGACCAAACAAGAGAGCAACCUUGCCGAGAGAAAUCUAGAGAUUACUAGGCAGGAAUGCAAAGUCCAAAACAUGAUUCGAGAAUACUGUAAAAUCUUUGCAGCUGAAGCAAGAGUUAUUGACAACUUUGGCUGUUCACUAGAAGUGAUUCCUCAGUAUCUGAUGUACCGGCCUGCAAACUCUGUGCCAUAUGCUACAGUGGAGGCUGAUAUGGAAGGUGUCUUCCUCAAGUAUUGUAUGAUGGAUCCCAAAGGCAAGCUGACUACACGAAACGUCACUGAGGUGGAGCAGAAAUGCAGCACCUUCCAGCACUGGAUCCAUCAGUGGACGCAUGGCAAUCUACUCGUCACUCGGCUGGAUGGUGUUGAAACAAAGCUUACUAAUGUUAGAGUUGUGACCAAGUCAAAAGGAUACCAAGGAUUAACUGACUAUGGCUCUCCUGAAGUAUUCGAACAGUUCUUGACGCACCAUCAGUGCAACUACUACUGUGGACUUCUUGGCCUGCGUCCCCUGAAGUCUAUGGAUAGUCUGCAGCAGCCUACCAAGAUGAAGGGCUCCAGGAGCCCCCUCCUCAACCGCAAGUUGGGCUCUAGCAGCCCACAGCUGCAGCGGAAAGGACACAGCCCUCAGAUGUCUAGGAAGGCAAACUCUAGCCCCAAGGUGACUAGAAAAGUUCAGGAGACAGAGGACAAUAAAUCAGACGUCAAACCCAAGCCUGGAGAAACCGUUGAUGCUCUUGAAAUGCGGUAGGAAGAAGGGUUUCCUUUGUUUCAAGCUAUGUUUUAUAGCGGUUAAAAGUUACGUAUUUCCUGUUUUUUUCCAGUUACCAAAGCCAGCAAGUACAUGAGGAGUAACAGUUAUGAGAAAAAGACUAGUGUGUUGACCUGACAUGUCAGUAAAAAUUACUGUGAAUUCUCUCAGUCGCCAUCACAGCUAUGAAUCAUCUAUUUCCCAGCUCGUCCAUUAACCCUUCAACAUAGUUAAAGGGUUUAUGAGAAUGUUUGGAGCAAUGGGCACAAGGUUUUUGACCUUAUAGCCCAGAGGUGCCAAACAGCAAAGUCAGUGUUUUUUUUCUUUUCUUUUCUUCACUGGUAGAGAGUGAAAAACAACACUCGGCAGCAUUAGAAUUAAUCACCCCAGACAUUUCUCUCUCAACUCUAUAAAUGGACAAACAACUCUCCAUGCAAUAUUUGUCAACUUGAAAAAUAUCAUAUUAUUUAAUAUGAUAUGUCAUGUUAUAUUUUUAUUGAGGGGAUGUCAACAUUUUAUAACUGUGGAGUAUAAAAUGUACAUGACCACAGCCACAGAAGUGAUUGAGGUAAUGUAUCCAUUUGAGACGCUGCAUGUUCAUCUGUGAUGUACAGUAUGUGUAGAGUCUAAACGUUUAUUUUGGAGACGUUAUUUGUGGUUAGCGUUAGAACUACCUGUGCAUCAUUGCUUUACACAGCAAAGUUGAGCUCAUGCUGUGGCACCAUUUUUAGGUCAAAGAUGUUUGUGUGCACUUUGUUUUUUGGCAUCACUUUUCAGUAGUUUUUGAGUACUUUGUAUCUGUUUAUUAUAGUGGUUGUCUGUGUCUUUAAUCAGUCCUCUUACAGUAUUUCAGAAAAUAUGCUGGCGAAUGCCUCUGUCAAAGCAAUAAGCAGUAAGGGGCUUAUCAGUGAACUUCUUAACUAUGGCAUGCUUAUGCUCAUUGACAUGCAAACACAUGCAGCAAGGAAGGCUGCUGAUUGAGGUCCACACAGUUAUUUGGACCUGUACUAUGAACUGUGGGAAAAAGCACACUGAACAAAAUAACCAACAGAGCAGACUCAGGAUUUUUAGAUGUCUAUUGAUCACUCAGUAAAGUUUUACAGCAACUGACAAUCACUGUUUGCUGAACAAUAGAGCUGUGAGUUUUGCUAGUGUACAGUUGGUCAGCAUUAACCAGAUCAAUCUUUAGUGUUGCCUAUUUCUUUUUAGAAGCUGCAAAGCUAGCAUGGUCUUUGGAAUUAGAAUAAGAAUGAAACUAUUCAGUUAUCUCAUGAGUUUGCAAAGGUAGUUUCGUGGUUAAAUUCCAACAGACGCCAGUUCCCUUUUACAAGAGGAGACAUCACCUCUUUCCCUCUGACAACAAAUCUGCAGGAAUGUCUGUCAUGGAUUCUUGGUUAAUGAUCAAUGAAUGUCUUCAAAUGAGUCCAAAUAGCCACUCUUAAACUUCAGCUGUUAAUUGCAUGAGACCUUAUUGAUGAAAGAAAAACACAGUUCUAGGAGAAAUAUGUGAAAUGAAGUUGAAAUAUUUGAGAUAGCAAAAUAAGUCAGUGUAUAUUGACCAGCGGAUGAUGGUGAAAACACUGUAAUGUCAAGGUGUGGUGUCAUGCAAACAAACUGUUGUAUUGUGUUUAUGUGUACAUAAAGUCAAAGGACUAAAUAUCUGAAGUCGUGUGAAGAAAAGUAGCAAGUGUGUGAGGAAGUGUGUGAAUGAGUGUGUGAAUGAAUAUGUGUUUACAAGGUGUGCUGUCUUUGGUAUGUUACACCAUGUCAGCUAAGGUGUUUUGUUUUGUUUUUUUUUUUAAAUAAAUGUGUACACAACA